AUGGGGGUUCCCGUGCCUGGAGAGAACGGCCUCUUGGGCGCUUUCUGGAAGAGGCUGCGGCGCACCUGCAGACCCGGCGGCGGCGGCGGCGGCGCGGGAGGCAGCGGCGGGCGGCGGAGCGCCGACGAGAUCCACCUGCUGCAACAGAAGAAUAUUGAAACCUAUGAUGGUGGUGAUGCCUAUAAUAUUCUGUACCUCUUCAGUUUUCAGCUUGAUUCCAACCAUGUCAACUCAGAAACAAGUGAUUUUAAUUACUCCAGGAAGAGUGCUACGUUGUAUAAUAAAAUCCUGGUUUACAGUUAUUUAUAUGAUGGUGCCAAAGAGUUUGUCUGGUCAGGUGCCAGGAAACUCAACAAGGAGCCAGCUGAUGCUUCUGAAUAUGCAGAGCAAGUCUUCACUCAGUAUAUGCAGAACUUUAAGAUAGUUUUUUUCUUCUUUCUUUCUGUCACCUGCAGGAUCUGGGAGACUCCACUCCUCCUGGCUGCCAAAGAGAACAAUGUCCAGCUCAUCAGGAAAUUGAUCUCGGAUGGUUCCUGUGACGUUUUGCAAAGAGGAGCGGUGGGGGAGACAGCCCUGCACAUAGCUGCUCUCUACGAUAACACGGAAGCUGCAGAGGUGCUCCUGGAGCUGGCUCCAGAACUGAUUAAUGAAAAGAUGACGUCAGAACUCUAUGAAGGACAAACACCUCUCCACAUUGCAGCGAUCAAUCAGAAUAUAAACCUAGUGAAAUGUCUGGUCAAGAAAGGGGCUCACAUCUCCACUCCUCGAGCUACAGGACUCUUCUUCAGGCGCAACCCCAAAAGCCUCUUCUACUUUGGGGAGCAUAUUUUAUCCUUUGCCGCCUGCACAGGAAAUGAGGAAAUUGUGAGCCUCUUGGUGGAAAAUGGAGCCGAUAUAAGGGCACAAGAUUCUCUAGGUAACACUGUUCUUCAUGUCCUGGUACUUCAACCCAACAGGACCUUUGCCUGCCAAAUGUACAGCCUGCUGCUUGCCUACGACAAACGAGAAGCUGGCCUGGGACCUUUCGACUUGAUCCAAAACCACGAAGGCUUCACUCCAUUCAAACUGGCUGGAGUCGAGGGCAACACUGUGAUGUUCCAGCACCUUAUGCAGAAACGAAAGCACGUGAUGUGGUCCUUUGGGCCCAUUAACAACAUUUUCUACGACCUCACAGAAAUUGACUCCUGGAACGAAGACCAGCCUUUUCUAGAGCUUAUUGUCUCAACCAAGAGAAGAGAGGCUCGUCGCAUCCUAGACAUCACUCCAGUUAAGGAGCUUGUGAGUCUGAAGUGGAAUACUUACGGGCGCCCAUACUUCUGCUUCCUGGCAUUAUUUUAUGUCCUGUACAUUAUCUGCUUCACCAUGUCCUGCAUUUACAGACCUCUGAAAUCACGGUCAGAAAAUCAAACAGAUGAGCGGGACAUGACCAUUGCCGUGCAGAAAACGCUGCAGGAGUCCUAUCAGACAUAUGAAGAUCAUCUCAGGCUGGUGGGGGAGCUGAUCACUGUGAUAGGAGCCAUGGCAAUUUUGCUCCUCGAGAUUCCAGAUAUUCUGAGAGUUGGAGCCACUAAGUAUUUUGGACGAACCAUCCUGGGAGGACCUUUCCACAUCAUCAUCAUCGUGUAUGCAUGUUUGAUCCUGGUGACCAUGGUAAUGCGACUCACAAGCACCGAUGGAGAGGUGGUACCCAUGUCCUGUGCCUUGGUUCUGGGCUGGUGCAACAUCAUGUAUUUCGCUCGAGGGUUUCAGAUGCUUGGCCCCUUCACAAUUAUGAUACAGAAGAUGAUCUUUGGAGAUCUUAUACGCUUCUGUGGCCUAAUGGCGGUUGUGAUACUUGGCUUUGCAUCAGCCUUUUACAUCAUCUUCCAGACAGAGGACCCGAAUGGUGUGGGCCAUUUCUACAACUACCCCAUGUCUCUCUUCAGCACCUUUGAACUGUUCCUGACCAUCAUUGACGGACCUGCCAACUACGAAGUGGACCUGCCGUUCAUGUUCAGCGUGGUGUACUUUGCUUUUGCGAUCAUUGCCACUCUGCUCAUGCUGAACCUGCUUAUUGCCAUGAUGGGCGACACCCACUGGCGGGUGGCCAGCGAACGGGAUGAGCUUUGGAGAGCACAGGUUGUUGCCACUACAGUCAUGCUUGAGCGGAAACUCCCACGAUGCCUCUGGCCUCGCUCUGGCAUCUGUGGACGAGAGUAUGGACUAGGGGACAGGUGGUUUCUCAGGGUGGAAGAGCGUUUGGAUGCCAGCAAGCAGAAGAUGCUUCGCUAUGCAGAGGCCUUUAAGGGCCAAGACAAAGAGGAUCUGGACAAGUUAUCCGGGAAGCUAGAGCUGGACGAUCCUUUCCGGAAGGAACCAUCUCCAACCGUCUCGCGGAGCACAACCCAGAGUAGUUUCCAUCGCGGUUGGCAAAUCCUGCGGAACAACACCUUCAGCCACCUACGCGGGGAAGUGAACCACGCCUUGGAAGAAGAGGUCUACCAUGUCUGAGAUGGUGCUUCGCUGACUCUGCACGCUACUGGUGCUUUGCAAUGCAUCAUUAAUUUCUUAAGGUGCUGGAGGGAUCUUGCAGCAGCUUUAUCAGCUGGCAUUUCUAGGAACAUAAGAAGAGUUCUGCUGGUUCAGGCCAAAGGCCCAUCUUGUCCAGCAUCCUGUUCUCACAGUGGGAAAACAGAUCUGUUCUCACAGAUUCCCACUGGAAGUCUGCAAGCAGGAGCUGAGCGCAAUGGCACCCAGUUCUUGCGAUCUUGUGGCAGCGUCCCAUGACUUCAUCGCAUCUCUCUCAAGUGCGCUGCCUCUGCACUUCAGUGCAACAGACCCGAGGCACCCUUGGGAUGUCUAUCUCCUCCCUGCAGCAAUUAUUCUAAGGACAGUACCAGAGUUUUACCUGCAUCAAAGGGGUUUUCAUUGGGAGUUCAGUUACGACCCAAUCAAUAGUUCCUGUCUCUCAGCAUGUUCCCGGGCAACGUUCCACAAAAGCUUCCCUAUUCUCUGAAGAGUCAGCACUAUGGAAAUUGUAAAUCUAAUAUGAAGGGCGGGGCGGACAUUAUUUAAAUUCAGGGAGCUGGCUAAAUCUGACACAGCAACUGAGCAGACUGUCAACAGACAGCUAGCCAGCAUUCCAGGGACCCUUAAAGAGUACGGACAUCAUCUCAACUAAGUACAUUUCCACACUGCUACAGAGUGGGUUCUGCUUUUUGAGUAUGGGAAGCUAGUGCACUUUAAGCCAAAUGUGUGGCGCUGGAUUUUAUCCCAGGGAGAACUUUUCUAGGUCCAUGUCAUUGGAGUCCUCUGUUCUUGAAAAAGCAGGAUUAAGGCCAUUUUUCCUUGUCUGAAUUGACCUCUGCUAAUAUUCACUAUUGCAGGGUUGGGUGGGGGUCAGGGGAAGAGGUUUAUGAACUCAUUUGUGUUCACGUACAGCUGCCACUACUUCUCCUUGCGCAAGGAGACUGAGGCCUGCCGUGUCCAUCUUACCAGCUGUUGCAAGUUCCUGUGCGCAUAGUUUGUGGGGAAAUGCCGUCUUGCUGCUCACCCGCAGUAGUAUUUUACGGUGCCUGAUUAUGAGGGGAGAGCAAAUGUGAGGCAGGAUCCGGGUGUACGGAUUGCAAUCCAGAUGGCAUAGCAGAUGCUGGUGAAUACAGGUGUAUAAAGCUCUUGGACCCUUCUGAGAACUGUUAUCCCCAAAUUCUGCUUAAAGUAGAUCUGGAGUUCCAAUAAAAUAGCCAAGCUAGCUCAAUUUUUUAUUAUGAGUUUUGCACAUCCAUCAGUGGCUCCUUGCCUUUGCUUUACAGUAAACUGAACUUGUGAAGUUCCUGCUCAGGAAGAAGAAGGGGAUAAAACACCUGCAGAGUCAAACUUAGUGAAACGUUUCAGGGGGGGCUUUCAUGCUUCCGGGACUUUGAACUUGAGAUGGCCUUUCAUGAAGGAUACAACUUAGAAGGGAGACUCGUCUUUCCACAAGAACGACGAGAGUGAGACUGGUGCUUCUACAGUCUCCCUCCAGCUUUAUCAUCACUUUGAAUUUCAUUACAGAAGGAAAACAAGAACCGGUCAUUACUUAAAGUGAAGGAGUGACUUAAGAUUGCUGCCUCUCCAACUGCAGAACUCAGUGGAAAGUUACCUGCAUUCCUCUGUAGCAAGAGCAGUGAGGAGAGGUCUCAGCUAGCCAAAGGAAAUGUACUUGCACAGAAUAUUUUUGAGGCACCUUGACUGCUAAAAACGCUUUGUACUGUGACAGUUCCUAUCAUGGAAUUAGUUUGGGCUGUGGCUUCAAUCAGGGUUUCUGACCGUUUGGUUGUCGUCGUCCCCAUUUUCAUUCCUAACUUGAAUUCCAUUUUCUAUCCAUAUUUUCCCUCAACUGGGCAGAUUCCAAACUGUGUUCCAGGAUUAUUUUUAUUUUCUUCACUGAGAAGCUCAGUAAUGGUGUAGAAGCAUCCCUGAAAAACGCCUUGUCCAACACUGCCAGUUUUCUCCAGCUUUGUCUAGUGCAGUGGGGGCUGAUUCUACAGUUUAUGC